AACAGGUGUUUACUGUCAUUUAAUUUCGCGCCAAAAUAGAUGUCAAGGGAGAACUUCAUUCGUUGAUUCGUAUUGUUAAAUUGUGAAGGAGAUGAAUAAAUGUAAAUAAAUUCAACUAAAAGCUGAUGAAAACUUUUGGACCAUGGCAGAUUCUAUAGCUGCAUCGCGUGCAAAGCGGUUGAAGACCGACAAGCAUGGUCGUAUGUCAGCACUGGAGAAGUUGAAACAACUGAAAGGAAAAGGUUCUAAGCAUAAAUACGAUGUGGACGAGGUUGAGAAUGUGUACGACACUGUUGAUGAGCGGGAGUACUCUGAGCGUGUUAUGCAGCGGCAGGAGGACGACUGGAUUGAAGAUGAUGAUGGUACAGGGUAUGUUGAAGAUGGAAGAGAAAUAUUUGAUGAUGAUGAGAUUGAAGACUCCUAUGUUGCAACAAAUAGCAAAGACACUGGUCGGGGCCAGAAGAGAAAGGCUCGGGUGGCUGCACAACCGGCUGCUAAGGGCAACAUCCGAAACUUGAUUGGAGCUAUGCCAACUAAGAAGAAAGAGGAUGUGAAGAUAUCUGAAGACAAUAUUCUAUCAGACAUCAUGUCAGAUUUAGAUGGGACUACUCCUUCCACAGUGGUUAAACCCAAGCCCCUGGUCCAAACUAAAGCAAAUAUUGUGGAGUCCAGUAAGAGAGAUGCUCAGAAUUACUUCAAGACACUCUCCAAUGCUGCCAAGAAGCCAACUACAAGUGUGUUUAGUAAGGAACCUACCAAACCUAAGGAAGAGAAAAUUGAGCAAAACGGUGAUUUUCUCAAAGAUAAGCCAGUAUUAGUUGAGAAACCUAUUACUAAAAAACCUGAGUGGAAAAUAGAUAAAGAAAUCAAGCAAGAACUAGAAGAUUCAGCUACACAGAACAUAGAAGAAUUUGAGACCCAAGACAUUGACUUUGAUGAUGACUUUAGCAAUGAUGCCAGUACACAACCUACUGAAGUUAAAACAGAAGACAUACCCAGUUCUGCAAAUACAAUCACAGAUGUGGCAGAAGAAUUCCUUAAUGAUGAUUUUGAAAUAUUCCCUGAAGUUAAAAAAGAAUCACCAAAAGCAUUGAAACCUCUGAACAGUACCUGGUCUGAUCAAGGUGGCAAUGCAGAAAUUGGGCCUUCAGUACAAACGGAUGGUCAACUACCAUUGCAGACCAAUGAAAAUGGAGAAAAGAUACUUAAAUUCUACUGGUUAGAUGCCUGGGAAGAUCGGUUUUUAAAACCUGGAGUUGUAUAUCUAUUUGGCAAAGUUUAUGCCAAUCCUUCUAACAAAAAGGCAGGAUGCUUAUCUUGCUGCCUGACUGUAAAGAAUGUAAAUCGACAGUUGUUCUUACUACCUAGAGAAUAUAAAUUAGAUCCAGUUACUCUAGAAAGUUCAGACCAAGAGGUGACCAUGAUGGAUAUGUAUGAGGAGUUCAACAGCUCAGUGGCGAGUGAGUUGGGUCUGAAGGAGUUCAAGUCGCGUAAGGUCACCAAGAACUACUGCUUCAACUUGCCAGACAUACCUGCAGAGUCUGAUUACUUGGAAGUCAAAUAUUCAGCAUCAUUCCCUCCACCACCAGUAGGCAAGAAAUACCUAACGUUUUCUCACAUAUUCGGAAGUAACACGUCGUCUCUAGAAACAUUCCUGCUUGAAAGGAAGAUCAAAGGUCCAUGUUGGCUGGAAGUAAAGCAGCCUGUGAAUGUGUCUGCUAAAGUGUCGUGGAGCAAACUCGAAGCAUCUUGCGAGAAAAUGGAACACGUCAGCGUCAUAAGAAAUGAUAGUGAUUUGGAACCGCCGCCAAUUGUUUCAGCCACUAUAAAUAUGAGGACUAUGAUGGACCCAAAGACGAGAAAAACGAAAAUAAUCAUGCUUAGCUGUCUCGCACACAAUAACUUUCCUAUACACAAAUCGCCGCCGAAUCCACCUUUUCAACAGCAUUUUUGUGUAAUGACAAAAUGCAACGACUUGUGGCCCUUAGAUCUCAAACAGUCUCUGGCUCAAUACACGGCGACAAAGUUAACCAAAUGUGAUACAGAGAGAGAACUCCUAAGUUACUUCAUGGUUCAAUUUUGGAAAUUGGACCCGGAUUUAGUUAUUGGUCACGACAUGCAAGGGUUCCAACAAGAUUUGUUGAUUGGGAAUAUCCUAGACUUGCACAUACCCAAUUGGUCGCGUUUAGGGAGGUUGAAAAGGUCAACUCCCCCAAUGAGGAAGUUCGCAGCGAAAGAUGCUUUCUUAGGGCGACUAGUUUGUGAUAUCAAAUUAUCAGCAAUGGAACUGAUUCGAGCAAGAAGCUUCGAUCUCGAUACUCUAUGCGUAAAUGUCUUGAAAAUGAAAGAAGGCGAACGUGUAGAUGUUUCUAUUGAAGACUUACCGCGAUAUUACGAAACUAGCAGAGACUUGUUGCAACUAGUAUCUCUGAGCAUGCAAGAUGCUUCUUACAUCCUUAAAAUUAUGUGCGAACUUAACGUUAUACCACUCGCUCUGCAAAUCACACAAAUUGCAGGCAAUAUAAUGUCCCGAACUCUGAUGGGAGGGCGCUCAGAAAGAAACGAGUUUCUACUGCUUCAUGCAUUCACAGAAAAAAAUUACAUCGUGCCAGAUAAAGCAUAUGGCAAGAAAGCUGCUAAUAAUGACGCAGAUAAUGAAGAUCAAGAGGAGACUGGUGCAAACAAUAUAUCUAAAAAACAAGGAAAGAAAAAGGCUGCUUAUUCUGGAGGUCUUGUUUUAGAUCCCAAGAAAGGAUUCUACGAUAAACUGAUUCUGCUCAUGGACUUCAAUUCGUUAUAUCCUAGUAUAAUUCAGGAAUACAACAUUUGUUUCACUACUAUCAAAAGAAAAGUUGCGAGUGCUUCUGAUGACGAUGUUGCUAAUCUGGUUUUGCCAGAUUCUAAGGCCGAGUUCGGAGUCCUUCCCACACAAAUUCGUAAACUUGUAGAAAGUAGAAGGGAAGUGAAAAAGUUGAUGAAAACUCCCGAUUUGACGUCUGAUCUAUACAUGCAGUACAAUAUCAGGCAAAUGGGUUUGAAACUCACCGCAAACUCCAUGUACGGUUGCCUUGGCUUUACUCAUUCAAGGUUUUAUGCUAAGCCGCUGGCGGCGCUGGUUACAAUGAAGGGCAGAGAUAUCCUCAUGGAUACCAAAGAAAUUGUUCAAAAAUUAAAUUACGAUGUUGUAUAUGGCGACACCGACAGUUUGAUGAUCAACACCAACUGCAUGGAUUAUGACCAAGUAUUUAAAAUCGGUAAUGAUUUAAAGCGCGAGAUUAACAAGAAGUACAGGCAAAUUGAACUAGACAUAGACGGAGUUUUCAGAUAUCUCUUGCUUUUAAAGAAAAAGAAGUAUGCUGCUGUUUUGAUCAGCAAAAAUAAGAGCGGCGAGUAUGUUUUCACACAAGAGCAUAAAGGAUUGGAUAUUGUACGUCGUGAUUGGUCUCAACUAGCUGCCGAAGCGGGAAAAUUUAUUUUGAGUCAAAUACUUUCAGAGCAAAGUGCGGAUGAACGAUUGGAAAGUAUACAAACACAUUUGAACAAACUAAAGGAAGACUUGAUGAGUGGCAAAAUGCCUUUGUCAGUGUUGACAAUCACGAAGCAGCUUACGAAAAAUCCUAAUGAAUAUGCCGACAAAAAUCUUCAACCGCAUGUACAAGUUGCUCUCAGGUUGAAUGCAAAAAACAGUAGAAGGUUCAAGAAAGGAGACAUCGUACCUUAUAUUAUUUGCGAAGAUGAAACUGCCAAUUCUGCAGUUCAGAGAGCUUACCACAUAGAGGAAUUAAAAAAUUCUGAACAUCUCAAAGUAGAUUACAGGUAUUAUCUCGCACACCAAUUACAUCCAGUGAUAUCCAGGAUAUGUGAACCAAUUGAAGGCAUGGACCCUGCUCGUGUUGCUGAUUGCCUCGGUUUAGACCCGUCUGGAUUCAGACAAAUCAUAAAGAGAGAAAAUAAUGACACUGAAACAUAUGAAGUAGAGAACGAGAAGGAAAAGUACAGACAUUGCAAAGAAUUUACAUUUAUAUGUGUAAAUGAAAGCUGCAAAACUGAAAACAAAAUCAGGGAAACAUUUACAAGUUUAGGCAAAGAAACAGUUACAUUUUUAGAAAAGUGUCAAAAUGAUAAAUGUUCCAUACGACCGGUUGAUUAUUUUGCAUGUGUGCAAAAUCAACUGAGUCUGCAGAUUCGUCAGUAUCACUCCCAGUAUUACGCUGGUUGGAUAUCGUGUGAAGAUCCCGCCUGUGGUUACCGCACUGCAAGACUUCCGCAGACGUUUAUGGGUGGAUACCCACUUUGCAGGCAAUGUGAAAAGGGAGUCAUGUUCAGAGAAUAUACAGAAAAGGAUUUGUACCUUCAGAUUAACUUCUUUUUGUUCCUUUUCGAUCUCAAUAAACAAAACACAUCAAAACCUCCGGUCCGGCUCGCACCGCACAUAUCAUCGGCAUUCCAAGUAAUGAAAGAACUGGUCGAGGACUGGCUCGCCCAUUCAGCUUACUCUAUAAUAAAUCUUUCCAAAUUAUUCAGAUUUUUCACACUGGACCCUAAACUUGGAGACAAAUUCAAAUCAGAGCCAGUUGAGAUUGACGUUUUACCUGAGACUGAACAGAUAGAUGCUUUGAUGGAAAUGGGAGCGUAUUAAUAUUUACUAAUUAGUGAAUAUUUUAUUUCUUUGAUAUAAUGAUCAUGUCAUUUAUAAGUUACAUGUAAAUAUUAUUCAAUAAAUAUUUGUAUAAGUA